CAACAACCCUUUCCUCAAUCCUCAUCUACUACAUACACUUCUCGUCCCCUACCUCUCUCUCUCUCUCUCUAGUUCCUGUGGAUAACUCUAGGGUUAGGGUUUUCUCUCUUGUUUUCCGCGGAUCGGUCGAUUCUGGUGAGGUAUGAUAUAAUUGAUGGUGGGGAUUGAACGAUCCCGACACUCACGUUUCAAAAUAAAAGACCUGAAGACGCUACGGCGGCAAGUAUGGUAGUUAUAGAAGGGACCACUCUUUAUCGCCCUGUUGUGCAUCCGAAGCAUGCAAGAGUUUCGACUGCACUGAUCAACAAUUCUAUAGUAAAGACUGGGCUCAUUAGAAGUGGAUUCUGGGGGCCUAAUGGUGUACGCAGAAGCACAAAGAGGGUUGGUUAUGUUCCUUUUCAACAUUAUGUGAGGAAAUGUUGCCCUGUUCAUUGUAGUUUUAGCUCAUCUUCAGAUGGUAACGGUAGCAUGGCUGGAAACUUCAGUGAAAAUGAUGGCGACUAUGUAAACUCCAGUGUCAUGGAAGCUGUUGAGGUACGAAGUGGGUCGGAUGGUUUCAUGAUAAAAAUGCGUGAUGGUAGAUACUUAAGAUGUGUGCACAAUAACCCCCAAGGGGGAAGCCUACCAGACUAUGCUCCUCACCCUGCUAUUGUACUGAAGAUGGAAGAUGGAAGUGAUCUUCUGCUACCAAUCAUUGUCUUGGAGAUGCCGAGUGUAUUGCUGAUGGCUGCAGUCCGAAAUGUUCAAAUUAAAAGGCCUACUAUUUAUCAAGUUGUGAGAGAGAUGAUUGAAAAGAUGGGUUAUACGGUGCAACUAGUCAGGGUGACUAAAAGAGUUAAUGAGGCAUACUUUGCUCAGUUGUACCUGAUGAAGGCAUAUAGACACAUACAGGUUGGAAAUGAAAAUGAGACUAUCAGCUUUGAUCUUCGACCUUCAGAUGCCAUUAACAUUGCUGUUCGGUGCAAGGUUCCAAUACAGGUGAACAGGAAUCUUGCAUACAGCGAUGGGAUGAGAGUGAUCGAGCCAACUACAGUAGAGGUGUCCUCUAGUCGGUCUGAUGGAUUGUUGUUUACUGAACUUGAUCGGCCCGAUGGUCAGCUGUGCUUGGAAAGCAAAGAGUUUGGAUUGGUCCGCAACAUGCUCAUCGCUGCUGUCGAGGAACGAUACAGAGAUGCUGCACAAUGGAGGGACAAGCUUUUUCAGCUCAGAUCGAAAAGAAAGAAGUGGACGUAAAUAAAAGGUUAAUAAUCAAAAGCUAUAUGGUCCUCUGCAUUUUAGGCUUUUCGAUCCGCAGUCGAUGUGUUCUAGUUAAUGAAAAUUGUUCAUAAAAGACACUGUCAAAGAACUGUGAAUCACGAUGGUGUCAUGGUAUGUAAAUAAGUACAUAUGUAUAUAUUGUGUAUAGCUGCGAAAAGCUGCAUUGGCGUCUGAAGCGUGGCAUACGGUGGAGUCUGUAAAUUUGGUACUAAAAGGAACUAAUCUACUCUGGUCGAUCUUAAAAAAGCUCCUCUGUAA